ACUUCCUUCAUGGUCGGCCACCAGAAGUCCUGCCGAACAACAGAUAGGGUACGUUUGGAGCCUGAGUUACAAAACAGCUUGGAGGAACGACACCACUGGAGGGUCUGUGACCUCAAGCUCUGAGGAACGAACAAACUGUUAGCAGGACAGGCUGUAGCAUUUUAUGAAGAUUGAGUAACUUCAAUGUCGGUGUGCAUAGCUAACCUCACAGAAGAUAAAAUGCUAAAACCAGCAAAAGCUCUUCUGAAGUCUUAACUUGUAAUGUUUGCCUGAAGGCGACAGAUCGAACAGGGAGUGUCCAAAUAAAAGCAGGUGGUCAAACUGACAGAGAUGUGGUAGUAUUCCGACCAUGUAGCCCAUUUUGAUGUUGCAAUAGACCUUGUCAGAUUGUCACUUUCUCUUCUGGCACAUUUGACAUGUAGAUGAAGUCAAGUAUACGUCUGCAUCUAUGUGUUCAUUUAAAAUGGGACCUCUGUAAUGUACUGCUGCCAUUUCGAAAGCCUGAACUAAUAUGACAAAACAAAACACAAGUUCUAUAGAAUCUGUGAAAUAUUUCAGAGGGAGUGUGACGAUGCAGGGGAGCUUGAUUCACCACACUGAUAGUCACACAUGUCAGCAGAAAUUGUGCUGCAGAAAAGGACGAAAAGAACUAGUACACAGGUGUGUUAAAGAAACCAAUUAGGGUAAAACAAUUGAAACUGAAAAUAUGUCGUCCGACUUGAAAGAGAUAAAGGAUCAACGUUUCCACCCACAGAUUUGGAGAGCCACAUCUCUGAGGAAUGAGAGCCAUCAAGCUCUUGAGUGACAGGUGCAUAAAAGGAGAGCCAAUCUUGAAGCAUGAGCCACAAGAGCACAGAGAGCAGAAGAUCUCCUCCUCCUCAACUCCACAUUGUCAGAGAGCUACUUCUCCUGAGCUAAAAUGUCUGCAGUGAAGGGACCAACAACCGGCAGGUUUGCGAAGGGCAGACUUUCAUCUGUCAGUCUUGGAUUUGGAGAAGAUAAAGUGGGGGGCUAUACUGAAAUAAGAGAGCCAAAAGAAGAAAUCCAGAGAAAGAUGAGCUUUCUACAUGUCGUAGAUGACUACACCUCAGUCAAAGAGCUCCCUCUGACGGUGCAAUCACUAGACCUGAUGAAGAGCAAAUCAGGAGAGAACCGCAUGAAACAUCACACGCAUCUCUACCAAGACGACAACUUCAUUAUCCGCAGAGGCCAGACGUUCCAAAUGUGGAUCACAUUAUCAAGGCCUUUUGACCCCCUCUCUGACAUGCUACAUCUACACCUCAAAACAGGGCCAGUACCAUCAGUGGGAAAGGGAACCCAUGUGAUUGUCUCUUUGGUGGAGAACCUGCAGGGCAACUGCUGGGAAGCUGCUGUGGUGGAAAAGGAUGACAAAAGAAUUAAACUGUCCGUGAAUUCCCCAGCCACUGCUGUCAUUGGCAGAUACCAGCUCACUGUGGAAACAGCCUCUCCAAAUGGUCAGGUUAUUUCCACAUAUGACUCUGCUGAUGACAUCUAUAUGCUGUUCAACCCCUGGAGUAAAGAUGAUGCUGUCUACCUGGAUGAUGAAGAGGAGAGGCAGGAGUACGUCCUUAAUGAUGUCGGACGCAUAUAUUAUGGCAAUAAAUAUCAAAUUGGAGCGAGGACAUGGAACUAUGGACAGUUUGAAAGUGGGAUUCUGACUGUUUGCCUCUACAUCCUGGAAAAGAGCCUCACACCAAACUAUGGUUGGGGAAACCCCGUAAAUCUGGUUCGAAUCCUCUCUGCCAUGGUCAACUCACCCGAUGACUCUGGAGUCUUGGAAGGAAACUGGAGUGGAGACUACAAAGGAGGAACUUCUCCAACAGCUUGGAAUGGAAGUAUAGAAAUACUGAAACAAUAUUAUGCAAGCAAAGGCUCACCUGUCAAGUAUGGCCAGUGUUGGGUAUUUGGAGGUGUUACAACAACAGUGAUGCGCUGUUUGGGCAUUCCCACUCGAACUGUGACGAAUUUCAGUUCUGCUCAUGACACAGACGUUUCCUUGACAACAGAUGUGUACGUGGAUGAGCACCUGGAACCCAUAGACUACAUGAAUAAUGAUUCAAUCUGGAACUUCCAUGUGUGGAAUGACUGUUGGAUGGCUCGCCCCGACUUGCCUGACGGAAACGGAGGCUGGCAGGCUGUUGAUUCCACACCCCAGGAAGAGAGCAAUGGCAUUUAUUGCUGUGGUCCUGCUCCUCUCAGUGCUAUUCGAAGCGGUCAAGUCUACCUCAAAUAUGACUGCACCUUUGUGUUUGCAGAGGUGAACAGCGAUAAAAUUUACUGGAAAAGGAAUGCAAACGGGACCUACAGUAAAAUCUACAGUGAGAAGAGAGUUGUUGGUUGCAACAUCAGCACCAAGGCUGUGGGCUCAGAUGAGCGUCAUGAUAUCACACACAUGUACAAACACCCUGAAGGCUCCGAGCAGGAGCGCAUGGCCGUGGAAACGGCCUGUCGCUAUGGCUCCAAAGCGCAUGCUUAUGCAUCUCCAACUGCAGAAGACAUCUCUGUAAGAGUGGUUCUGGAGGGAGAAGGUCCCAAAAUUGGGAGCGAUGCAGUACUUAGCGUCAAGUUGUACAACAGCAGCUCUGAGAAGCGUAAUGUGAGCCUGUAUAGCCAGCUGGCAGUCAUGUACUAUACUGGAGUCCACAAAGCUACAAUCUACAAGGAACACAGAGAUUUACAACCCAACAAGGAGACUAUCAUUCAGUUUACCGUAGCUUACGACGUAUACAAAGACCACCUGGUUGAUCAGGCAGCCCUGAUGUUUACACUGUCAGGCAGGGUCAAUGAAACCCAGCAGGUGUUGGCCACUCAGUUCAGCUUCCGCCUCAGAACUCCAGACAUUAUCAUAAAGCCGACCAGGAAAGCUGUGGUUGGACAGAAGAUGGAAGUGGAAAUUUCAUUCACAAACCCGCUGCCAGAUGUGCUGAAAGAUGUGGUGUUCAACGUGGAAGGCAUUGGCCUCCUAUCAGCACACAAAAAGAUUUAUGAAUAUAUUGGCGGUCAUGCCACCAUCACUUUCACUGAAGACAUCACCCCUACUGUUGCUGGGACAAAGAAAUUGGUGGCCACCUUGGACUCCAGUCAGCUGACACAUAUUCAUGGUGUUGGGGACAUCAUUGUGGAGGCCUGAAGCACCAACACUCUAGGAAGACUCUAGGAAGGCUUUCAAUAUCUCAAUUUUAAAUUAAAAAAAAUAAGAAGUUGUAAUACUGCGAUAACUGUGCACUGAAACAGGAAAAUAUUAAAGUGUAGAGAAAAAAAAGCAGUACGACUUUUUUCUUUUACAAGUGUUAGAGUUCCCUUUCCUCAGAGUUGUUGAAGAUUAUAUUAUGGAAUAAAGUAAAGGUGUUUGGUGUGGGGAAAAAUGCAGUUUAGCUUCCAAGAAAAUGCUAAGAAAGAUAAUAAAAAAAAUCAUGACUCCUAUUUAUUUUGAAAAAUGAUUUUUUUUUACAUUGAUUUAUUUUGUAUGUUACUAUUUCUAUAUUGAAUCAUUGCUUGUGUGAUUAAAACGUUUGGAUCUGAAACUACCAUCCACAGGGUGAAGUACCUCUGUGCAGAAAAACGUAGAGAGCGUCUGCGCAGCUUGGAUGCUCAACUGGGCCAUUGAGUCUCAGCAGCACCCCCUCUCUCAUAUUUUUCCUUCAGUGUUUCAUUACACUGGAGCUCAAUCACCUCCAUUUGCAGGUUUGGUGGUGUGUUUUCAGCGUCAACUGCAAAAGGAUUGCUGAGAAGUUCAAAUCUGCUUUUUUUGAGCUUCAAAGUUGGCAAAUCAGCAUUGGAAUUUGGUGGCAAGAGUGUUAAGUUUAUCAGCAAAAUUGGGAACCAUAGUUGUAAAGAGUAUCUGAAAACCAUACUUGAGUAAAAGUACAGAUACCUUACUGUAAAAAUUACUCAGUUAUAAGUCACUAAUUCCAAUAAUAUUUGAGUAAAAGUAUUAAAUUAUGUGAUUUUAAAAUAACUCAAGUAUUUUACUCAAACUGAAUGUUGCCUCAAAGAACAACAGUAAGUAUUAAAAAACAAUAAACUGUUCAUUUUUAGGAGGUUGUAUUUCCUGAUAUUUGUAGAAAUACAUUUAACACCUCAAUUUUUCAAAAUGCCAGAACAAAAUAGAUAAAAAAAUUGAAAAAAAAAAUCAGUCCAAGUCACAAUCAAAUAAAUCAAAAAGGCACAGCCAACCAAAUUUGUGGAAACCAAAAAUAACAUCUCUGUAAUACAUUUGAAAACCAUUGAAAAUUGAGUCAGUGAUGAAUUUGUGGAUGUCCUUCCAAAACUUAUACGUAAAUUCACAUGGCCAAAACAAAUGAGAAGUGGUUUUAGGUUCCUUCUGACAAAAGGUACAGCUUGUAUUUAAAUCAUGUUUAAAUUUAGACAAAUAAUGUUUUGUGGGGUAAAACCUGUG